AUGGAACAUCAUCACUUCUCCUCAUUACUAAUCUCUUCCUUACCCUUUUUAUUUUCAUUAAUAAGCAUCAUCCUUUUCAUAUCACAACUCCUCAAAUUGUUAGCUAAGAAAUCCAAAGCCACAACCAAGAAAACAACACCGAAUAACAACCUUCCCCCGGGGCCAUGGACACUACCUUUAAUCGGUAGCAUACACCAUUUCGUUGGAAGAUCAUUAACCCAUCAUCAAUUAAGAGACCUAGCACGAAAACAUGGUCCUCUCAUGCACCUUAAGCUCGGCAAAGCAUCAAUCAUGGUGGUUUCUUCUCCAGAAGUUGCCGAAGAAGUGUUUAAAACCUACGACACCAUUUUCGCCGAAAGGCCUAAACAAUUAAUUGGUGCAGAUAUUUUGUUCUAUGGUUCCACGGACAUUGCCAUGGCAAGAUAUGGCGGGUAUUGGAAGCAAUUAAGAAGAAUAUCUUCGGUGGAACUUCUUGGUCCUAAACGUGUUCGUUCAUUCAAAUCAAUAAGGGAAGAAGAGGUAAUGAAUUUGAUAACAUGGGUUUCUGCUAACACUGGAUCUUGUGUUAAUCUUAGUAAGAAAGUUGUGUCCUUGACGUGUGCAAUCACUGCUAGAGCAAUUUUUGGAGGAAAGUGUAAGGAUGAAGAAGAGUUCGUUUUACUGUUGAAGAAUCUUGGAAAAAUUGCUGAACGUUUAUUUGUUGUGUUUACUCUUUUUCCGUCUUACACGUGGCUUCAUCUCAUAAGUAGAGUUCAGUAUGAAGCAGAAAAAUUGCAUAAAGAAUUUGAUGUGAUUGUGGAAAACAUCAUUGGAGAAAAAGUAAAAAGGAGAAAUGGAAGUGAUAAAUAUAAUGAAGAGAAUCUUCUCUCUAUUCUCCUAAAUCUUGUUGAAGAUCAUGAAGCCUUUGAGUAUCCCUUAACAAUGGACAACGUCAAAGCUAUUAUUUUUGACAUGUUUGUUGCCGGAGUUGAAACAUCAUCUGCAGUCAUAGAAUGGACGAUUUCUGAGCUAAUGAAGAAUCCAAAAGCAAUGGCAAGAGCUCAAGAAGAGGUUAGAAAAGCUUUUGGCGCCAAAGAAUCAUCAUCAUCAUCAUCAUCAUCAUCAUCUCUCGAGAAUCUAACAUAUCUAAAAGCAGUUAUCAAAGAGACAAUGAGAUUACACCCUCCAUUUCCAUUACUCCUUCCAAGAGAAUGUAGAGAGACAUGUGAGAUCAACGGCUACACAAUAGGCGCAGGAAGCACAGUGAUAGUAAAUGCAUGGGCAAUAGGAAGAGAUCCUAAGUAUUGGGGAGGCGAAGAAGACGCUGAGAGUUUCCGUCCUGAAAGGUUUCUAGAAUGUUCUAUUGAUUACAAAGGUUCCAAUUUUGAGUUCAUACCUUUUGGUGCUGGCAGGAGGAUAUGUCCAGGCUUGUAUUUCGCUGUUUCCAGCAUUGAAGUUUGUGUUGCACAACUUCUGUAUUAUUUCGAUUGGCAAGUUCCGAAUAAUGGAGACUUGGAUAUGAUUGAAGAUUUGGGAAGCACAGCAAGAAGGAAGAAUGAUCUUAUCUUAGUUUCCAUUAUUCCAUCGAAUAAUAAUAAUAAUAUGUAA